GUCCAGACUGCAGAGGCAGAGAGAGGAGACGCACUUUGUGUCAAAACCCUGUGGAUUAUGAGACUUGUGUGAAGGACGUGAACUUGGUGGAAUUGCACUACAAUUGUUCACUACCCCUUACUGGACAUAAGGAUUUAGGGUGGCUUGAGGGUGUGGAUUGGGAUGAUGCCGUAGAGUUUACACACUUAGAACAGGGAAGGAUUUGAGCUGCUCCUUUACCACACACACACACCUGCACAGCAUCUUGCUGUAGCUGUAUUGUGACGCAGCAAUGGCUCCUCGUAAACAGUCGUCCCGCGGCUGGGCCUCUAUCUUGUGUUGCUUUAAGAGAAGCGAGCAGCCUGAGAUCACCUACAGGGUCGGCCAAGACACCAACCUCGCGCCGCGUGCCUUGGAGCCCAAUCUUCCCAUACCUCCCGCAGAGGAGCUGGAUGCCAUGUUCUCUGAGCUUGUGGAUGAACUGGACCUCACUGAUCAACACAGAGCAGCCAUGUUUGCUCUCCCUGCUGAGAAAAAAUGGCAGAUAUACUGCAGCAAGAAGAUGGAACAGGAGGAAAAUAAAGGAGCAGCGAGUUUGCCUGAUUAUUACAUCGACCAGAUCAACUCCAUGGCCGCUAGGAAAACGGUUUUAGCUCUUCAGAAGGAGGAUGAAGAGGAAAGGAACAAACCCAUCGAGAAUUUGAAGACAGCGUUGAGGACAGAACCCAUGAGUUUUGUGACAUGCUUCAUCAAUCAGGACGGCCUGACAUGUCUGUUGAACUUCCUGAAGAACAUGGAGUAUGAGACAAGUGAGUCUCAGAUCCACACCUCUUUGAUCGGCUGCAUCAAGGCUCUGAUGAACAACUCUCAGGGCCGUGCCCACGUCCUCACUCACCCCGAGAGCAUCAACAUCAUCGCUCAGAGCCUCAACACUGAAAACAUACGCACCAAAGUGGCUGUGCUGGAGAUCCUGGGCGCUGUGUGUCUCGUCCCCGGCGGUCACCGCAAAGUCCUGGAGGCCAUGAUGCACUACCAGAAGUACGCCAGCGAGAGGACUCGCUUCCAGUCUCUGCUGAAUGAGUUGGACAGAAGUACGGGCCGUUACAGAGACGAGGUGAACUUGAAGACGGCCAUCAUGUCCUUUGUUAACGCCGUGCUCAGUCAGGGAGCUGGAGAGUCGAGUCUGGACUUCAGGAUUCACUUACGCUAUGAGUUCCUCAUGCUGGGAAUCCAGCCGGUCAUCGACAAACUCCGGAGCCAUGAGAACAUGACACUGGACCGGCAUCUGGACUACUUUGAAAUGAAGAGAAAUGAAGAUGAGUUGGAGUUGGCCAAACGGUUUGAGAAUGUUCAUAUCGACACUAAAAGCGCCUCCCAGGUGUUUGAACUCAUCCGUAAGAGGAUCAACCACACAGAGGCAUUUCCACACUUUAUCUCCAUCCUCCAGCACUGCCUCCACAUGCCCUAUAAGCGAAGUGGGAACACGGUGCAGUACUGGCUCCUCCUCGACCGAAUCGUCCAGCAGAUUGUCCUACAGACUGAUAAAGGUCAAGACCCUGAUGUUGCGCCCCUGGAGAACUUCAAUGUGAAGAACGUGGUGAGAAUGUUAGUGAAUGAGAAUGAGGUGAAACAGUGGAAAGAGCAGGCUGAGAAGAUGAGGAAAGAACACAGUGAGCUGCAGCAGAAGCUGGAGAAGAAGGAGCGAGAGUGUGACGUGAAGGCACAGGAGAAAGACGAGAUGAUGCAGACGCUUAGCAAGAUGAAAGAGAAACUGGAGAAGGAGAACAAUGAACACAAGCUCACCAAACAGCAAGUGGCUUCACUCAUGGCUCAGCUUCAUGAGCUCAGUACUAGGGCGGUUGUUCCCGGAGCACCUUCUCACAUUCCUGAAACUCCCGGUGCUCCCUCUGCUCCUUUACCUUCACCAGGGGGUUUCACUCCUCCCCCUCCUCCCCCUCCACCAGGUGGGAUUCCUCCUCCUCCACCACCUCCUCCUCCUCCAGGAGCUCCUCCACCUCCUGCUGGUCUUCUGUUCGGUUCUCCUGGAUCCUCAGCACAGAAGAAGAACAUUCCUCAACCUUCAAAUCCACUUAAGUCCUUCAACUGGGCGAAACUUAAUGAGAACAAGCUAGAAGGAACUGUGUGGAAGGAGCUGGAUGAUAUCAGAGUUUUUAAAAUUCUGGACCUGGAGGACAUUGAGAAAAUGUUUUCAGCCUACCAGAGACAGCAGAAAGAGUCUGAUGACGAUGCAGCUGCAAAGAAAGUGAAGGAGUUGUCAGUUAUUGAUGGUCGCCGAGCACAAAACUGCAACAUCCUCCUGUCACGGUUAAAGUUGUCCAACGAUGAGAUUAAGAAGGCCAUAAUGACCAUGGAUGAGCAGGAGGACCUUCCCAAAGACAUGCUGGAACAGUUACUGAAGUUUGUCCCAGAAAAGAGUGACAUCGACCUUCUGGAGGAACACAAACAUGAACUGGACAGGAUGGCCAAAGCUGACCUCUUCCUCUACGACAUGAGCAGAAUAAAUCAUUAUCAGCAAAGACUGCAGUCACUCUACUUUAAAAAGAAGUUUGCUGAAAGAGUUGCAGACAUCAAGCCAAAAAUUGAAGCCCUCAGUCAGGCGUCUAUAGAGGUGCUGCAGAGUCAAAACCUGCGCCAGCUACUUGAGGUCAUCCUCGCACUUGGGAACUACAUGAACAAAGGUCAAAGGGGAAAUGCGUAUGGCUUCAGGGUGUCCUCGCUCAACAAGAUCGCCGACACCAAGUCCAGCAUCGACAAGAACAUCACUCUGCUGCAUUACCUGAUUAUGCUCCUGGAGCAGAAAUAUCCCAAGGUGGCACUGUUUCAUGAAGACCUACAGAAUGUCCCAGAGGCUGCUAAAGUCAACAUGACAGAACUGGAGAAAGAUAUGAGCAACCUGCGCAAGGGCCUGAAGAGUGUGGAGGCGGAGCUGGAGUACCAGAAGACUCGUCCCCCCGACUCAGGUGAUAAGUUCGUGUCUGUGGUCAGUCAGUUCAUCACUGUGGCAGGAUUCAGCUUCUCUGAGGUGGAAGAUUCACUACAGGAUGCCAAGGAGAUGUUCCAGAAGGCAGUGAAAGUAUUUGGCGAGGAACCCAGCUCGACGCAACCUGACAAUUUCUUCGGGAUUUUUGAACAGUUCCUGCAGGCAUUCGCUGAAGCCAAACAGGACAAUGAGAACAUGCGUAAACGCAAGGAGGAGGAGGAGCGCAGGGCUCGCCUGGAGGCUCAGUUGAAGGAGCAGAGGGAAAAGGAACGAAAAGCACGAAAAGCGAAGGAAAACUGUGAGGAGGAUGGCGAGUUUGAUGACCUUGUCUCUGCCCUCCGUUCCGGAGAAGUGUUUGACAAAGAUUUGAGUAACAUGAAACGUAACCGCAAACGAAUAAGCACGCAGACCCUUGAGAUGAGCCGAGAGAGACCAAUCACCAAACUCAAUCUCUGAGGAAAAUCAGUGCUAAUGCUAAAUUUUAGAGAAGAAUUCAUUCUAACAAGUCACGGCAGUGGAGGGAGAAAAAAAAAAAGACUAUAACUUUGCACUAUUGUGGCCUGCUAGCUAAUCGGCUAAUUAGCCAUUCAUAAGAAAUUAGCCUAAACACUAAAAAAAGUCUAUCAGCAGACCUGUGGAUGCUGGCUAUGUUACGGAUAACGCAGCUAUGCUGAAUUGUCAGUAUUAAAACUGAUGUAUGAUGCAGUGCAUUGUGGGUAAUAAACCUGCUCCCUAUAUAUAAAUGUGCCAAAUGAACGAUAAAGAAGCCUUUUACUACAACAAACUGAAAAUCUUCGAGCUUUUUCUUUUUUUAAUGGGUCCUCUAGUACAUCCCAGUAUUUAGAAUGGAAAAUGUGCUAAGAUUUAACAUGUAACACUACCAUCUGGCGGUGAAGUCGAGGUAUUGCACCUUCUCAUCUUGAACUUCAUGGAUAAUUAAUGAUUUUUUUUUCUUAUUGGAAAAUAAUCACAUGAACUCAAAUCUCAUCUGGAGAUUUAUAAGGACUGACUCUGUUUAUCUCUGUGUGACUUUUUUAUCUCUGUCUUGGUGUGUGUUCGGUUUAUUCGUGAUAUUUAACAGACACAAAAUGGCGACCCAAACACCUACUAGUUAAAGCUUCAUUACACCAGAUUCAUGUCAGUCAGCACAUUAACACACACUUCAUGAAGAUGAAAGAGGUGUUUUGAAGUGUUUUAAUUUACAUUUGAAGGCUUUACUUACAAACAAAUAUUUCAGCAGCAGAAAAAAAGUGAAAUGCACAUUUUGUGAAACUUCUCCCUUCUUGCCAAAUAAUUUUGCUCACAUCGUUUAAGCCUAAUAAGAGAUUUCAGAAGUGUUGUAUUUAAUAAAGACAGUAUAAAAUGUUGAUAUGGUGAUGCUUUCUCAGGCUGAUGAGGGAACAACUGUUUAUAACUUGUUUCUGAGAUGAUCCAUUAAAUGUGACUAUAUACAGAUAGAAUGUACAAUAUCUUGUGGAUAUGAAAAUGGCAAAUUACUGUGAUAUAAAGGGAAUAAAACACCAGGAUGUACUGUCAUCGCAAAACAACCAACGUUAAAGUAGUAACAGGAACUCCGCUUCAUCACGCCUAUUUACUUUGCAAAGGAACUAUCAAAUGAUGCUAGCAUGUUGUGAAAGCUUAUAGAAGAAGCCUUUAUUUGUCACACAUACACUCAAGCACAGACUUAAGCAGACAGUGAAAUUUCUACUCUACUUUUAACCCAUCUGAAGCAGUGAACAUGCACAUGCACACACAAGUGAGCAAUGAGCACACACACAAACCCAGAGCAGUGGGCAGCUAUACUACAGCGCCUGGGGAGCAGUUAUGGGUUAGGUGCCUUGCUCAAGGGUGCUUCAGCUCAACCUCAGGCCAUGGCUGCCCCAUGUUAACCUAACCACAUGUCUUUGGACUGUGGGGGAAACCGGAGCACCCGGAGGAAACCCACACAGACACGGCGAGAACAUGCAAACUCCACACAGAAAGGCCCUCAUCGGCCACUGGGCUCCAACCCAGAACCUUCUUGCUAUGAGGUGACAGUGCAAACCACUACACCACCGUGCCGCCCCAGUUAUAGUCACUGGUUUAGCAUUGGUGAUUUUAGCAUUACAGUCACCAGUUUGGCAUUGUACACCACCUGAGUACAUUUUGAGGUCAAGGGAAAGUUGUGUAUGUUUCAUUUUUAGCCAGAGUGUUCCUUUAACAAAAGUCAAAAUCUGCAAAGAAAAUUCAUUAACUCUUAAUAAUUAGUUUAGUUUUUAGCUCAUUCAUUCGUUAAGAAUUCUACACAAUACAUUUCUAAAAGUAUUAGAUUUUCUUUUAUUACAUUAUCAGUAUGAUUGUUCACAGAACUGUCACAGACACACAGACACAAACAGCUUUAUUUCAGGAAAAUCAAAUUAAUUUCAGGAAAAUCUGGUCACGUUUUCAACAUUUUGUAAAAGUUCUACACACCAAAUCUGCAAUACUGUUUGAGUUUAUAAGGAGGGAAAAGUGCAAAAUUUAAAGGGAAAAAUCCAACUUAAUAAUAAAGCCUGUGUUUUAAAGCAAAACCAUGUGGCUUGUACAUUGCGUGUACAUAAUCACUGUAACCUGUCUUGGUAUUCAUAUCUGUACAAAUGUAAAUAAUCUCUUAAGAUGCCACUCUGGUUUUGUGUUCAUGAUUUUGUCAUUUAGGAUUGUGUUGUUGAUGCUGUUGAAUGCUUUUUUUAAGGUAAUGUUUUUCCUUCUGUAUGCGGGUUUUCUCAGUGUCCUCUUUAUUUAAAAACAGUUUUCAAUGUGAAAUAGAUUACAGGAAAAAAAAAUAAAA